AUGGCUGCCCAGCCGAACGCCCCAGCUGCCGCGCAGCCCGUGCCCCACAUCGUCCGCUUCAACCGCCAUGACCCCGACGACGUCGCCGAGCAGGUCGCAAAAGUGCUCGAGGUGUACCCACGACUCGACCAAGAGCGCAUCGCAGAAGCGGUCCGAGAGGGCCACCCGGGUGAAGUGGUCGUGGAGAUGAUCCUCGAGGGCCGUCUGGUGAUCGAGCGUCGAGUCUCUGACCGCAUUCACGACAUCAGCCAGCGCCUUCUCGAAUACCAGGACAGCGGUGACGAGUCGAGCGAUGAGGAAGGCCCCGCCCGCGCGAACAACAACAACGUGAACGUGCCGGCGGUGCCUCACUACAUGGGCUGGGGAUAUCAACGUGCCCCGCCGAUGCCCGCCCUGAUGAGGACCACCCUGCUCGAGCAGUACGAGCGGGAACUCCGCGACUUCUACGGCACCGUCCCCCACGCUCGGCGCACCCGGCUGCACUUUUUGGGCAACGACAGGACCUAUCUGCUGCGCGUGUGCCCCAAUGUGCCCGAGUACCGGCUGAAGGUGGUGAUCGAGUACUCAAUGUCCGUCGACUGUGCCUUCAUCGCCUGUUUCCUCCUCGCCACCCACGUUCGCACCGACGAGGUUCACACCCGCAUCCUCGAGAUCCUGCUCCGAGUUACUGGCGCCCUGCCGACCCCGCUCCUCUUGAAGCGCACCAACGAGGCACAGAAGAUGCGCGAUGCCCUCACCAACCCGUACAAAUGGUUCCACGCCAAGAACUUUCGAGAUCUCAUGGUCCAGCAGGUCACCCAGAAGUUCCAGCCAGCCAUGGCUAAAAUUCGCGCCGCCGAGUUUGGACCGGUGAUCACCGUCGAGCGGUUCGAGUGUGAGAUCUGCUGCGGCGAGAAGCCGAAGAAGAAGGCCGUCUACUGCACGGUGGAGGAGGAGGAGGAGGAAGAAGAGGAGGAGGAGGAGCAAGAGCAAGAAGCGCAAGACACCCAGGAAGAUGAUGAGGACGAGGAUGAGCCGGUGGUCGCCGAGGGCGAGGAGGACGACACGGUCACCGCCGAUGAGAUCAGCGCCCACGGGGAGCCGGAGGAUGAGGAGGAGGAGGAGGAGGAGAAGGGGCACAAGUUCUGCCGUGAAUGCGUCAAGGGAUACGUGGAGGCGGCCAUUGACGAUGCCGUCUCGGUGUCGAAGGACGCCUCCGGGCUGCAGUGCAUGAUGAACGGCUGCAACGGCACCAUCAAAUAUCCCGUGCUCCGCAAAUGCAUCCCGAAGCGCGACAAGCAGACGCGCCGCCGCCUCUGGAAUCUGCUGACGAAGCACGCGCUGAUGGAGAGCGGCAUCCAGCUGGAGGAGUGCAUCUACUGCACCUAUGCCCAGGAGUUCGAGCAGACCCCCGACGUCAACAAGGUGUUCGAGUGCCUGAAGUGCUAUGCCCGGUUCUGCCGCGUCUGCAAGGUGAAGUGGAGCACGCACAUGGGCCAGAAGUGCGACGAGGUCAAGGCGUCCGCCCUGACGAAGGAGGAUCGCGUGCGGCUCGAGCUCGAGGAGGCCCUGGCGAACCUGUUUGUGCGCAAGUGCGGCCACUGCGGCAAGCUCUUCCAGAAGAUUGACGGGUGCAACAAGAUGACGUGCAGCUGCGGCAAGUUCACGUGCUACGUCUGCAACCACCUCAUCGCCGGCUAUGACCACUUUUGCAACCACCCGACCGAGCCGGGCGCCAAGAACUGCCCGACCGGAUGUGGCCGUUGUAUGCUGUGGGCCGACGCGGACAAGGAGAGGCUGGAGAUGGGCAACGCCGUCCUCGAGCGGUUCAAGGGCAGGCUGGCCGACGACGUCCUCAAGGUGUACGCCGACGGGCUCGGCGAGUUCAAGCAG